CUCUUCCUCCGCCGCCGCCGCGUGAAGCGAAGUUCCCGGGCCGCGACCCCCGCGCUUGCCAUGAGGAGCCCCGAGGACCUGGAGGGCUUCGACGGCGAGGCGUCCAGCACCUCCAUGAUCUCCGGCGCCAGCAGCCCCUACCAGCCCACCACCGAGCCCGUCAGUCAGCGCCAUGGGCUGCGCGGCCUCCGCUGCGAUCCCGACUACCUGCGCGGCCCCUUCGGCCGCCUCAAGAUCGCCCAGGUGGUUUUGGCUUUGAUUUCCUUCAUCUGUAUAGAGACCAUCAUGGAAUGUUCCCCUUGUGAAGGACUUUAUUUCUUUGAAUUUGUCAGCUGUAGUGCAUCAGUAGUUACUGGAGUUCUAUUGCUUAUGUUCAGUCUAAAUCUCCAGGCAAGGAUACCACAGAUCAACUGGAACAUUACAGAUUUGGUCAAUACUGGAAUCUGCACUUUCUUCUUCUUCAUUGCAUCUGUAGUACUUGCAGCUUUAAACCAUAAAAAAGGUGCAGAAAUUGCAGCUGUGAUAUUUGGGUUUUUGGCCACUGCAGUCUAUGCUGUGAAUUCAUUUUUAGCAGUUAAAAACUGGAGAGAUGCCAAUAGACAGCCAAACACACGACAGACCAGUGACUAUAUGCGUGCUCGGACAGAAUCCAGAGAAGUAGAUAAUCGCCCAGAGAUUCAACGUCUGGAUGGGUGAAAAAGGGAAUUCCCCGAAGAUUUUAAAAAAGCCUGCGGACUUUUUUUUUUAAAUAAAAAAGAAAAGAAGAUGCUGAUAAUAGUUUUUACAGGCAAUAAAGGAGAAUGUGAUGGCCAAGAGCACCUGCAUGUACAAAGAGAAGGAGGCAGAUUAAGAAGCAAUUAUACGAAGCCUAUAAUGACAAUUACAAUUUUUUUUUGCCCAUAAAUAUGGAGAAUGGGAAUACAAUAGAGUGGAGAAGGUGGUGCAUAUUUUUAACAUCCAGAUGAAAAAUUAGAAUUAAUGCUAGCAAUAGAUUGUACUUUUGAAACAUAAUUUUGAUGUUUGGCAUCAUGCACUGAGGUGAAAGAUAGCAAGAAUAUAAAUUGGGUAUUGGAUUAUGAAACUGCUGCAUACAUUUCCUAACAAGUUUGCCAGGAUACUUUUGAUCUUGCCCUCCUACAGUUUCAUUGGGUCUCUACGACAGGCAGCCAGCUAUAUCAGACUUUUAGCUGGAGGAUCAGGUAACAUUAACUAAGGAUUUUGAGUACAAAGAAAACACCAAGCACACUCCAUUUGUGUCUACAAUUUAGAUACGACCUGGUAUUUAAUACCAUCAUCUGUUAACAUUCAUUCUCUUUUCUACUUUGAAAGAAAUACAAAGUUGAUGUUGGGGUUGUUUAUCUAAAUAUGUAGACAGUGAAACUUUUUUCCUUAUAUGUUCAGCUACAGGAAAACCUCAUUGUGGUCAGGGUUUAAGAACAUUUGUUUUGUGUCCAUGGAUUGCAGUGUUUCUGAAAUGGUGUAAUUAUCCUGAGAACUUAAUUGGUUUGGCUGCAAAUUUUUAUUGUCCCAAUUAGAGUGAUACAUAAGUUAGGCUGUUAUUUAGUUGGAGGUACUUAAAUAGUGACUUUCUUGGUGUCAGAUCAGGUAUACAAAAUGUUUGAAAUACUGUCUACAGAUUAAGACUUAUUUUUGUCAGUGAACAUAGCCAGGAUAACAAUUAUAUGGUUUGUUUAGUUUACGUACCAUUUUAUAUAACUCCAGUUUUCUCUCCAUCUUUCCUGAAAGGGACAAUAAUGCAUUCUUGUUGGUCAGGAAUUUGGAACCAGUAAUUAGGUUCUCUGUAGCCUUAUGCUUUGUGUCCCUUGCAUCCAGUGUUUAAUGGCUACCACAAGAUUAAUACAGCAUGUAAGUCAAUAGAAUUUGAUACCCAUUUGUCCAAAUGUCUGAAAGGUUUCCUUAAUUAUCAUGUAGGUCAGCCUUCUCUAAUCUGAUGCCUUCCAGAUGAUUUGGACUCAUUAUCCCUGAUAAUUGGCUAUAGUAGGUAGAGCUGAUGGGAGUUGUAAUCCAAAACAGCAGGAGGAUAUACUUUGGGGGAACCCUAGUAUAAGUUCUCUCUCUCCUAGCCCAUUCAGUGCUUGGUUAUACUUGGUAAGGCCAGAAGAUAGAAUUGUAAGGUUUACUGAAUGUUGUAAGAUGUGUGUUUCCUGUAUGGAUGGUGUUGUGGAUCUUUCAUACUUAUUGCAGAGAUACCUACAUUCUCUUAAAACUUAUCUGCACUCCUAAUUCCAUUACCUUUAGCUUUCUUAUGUGAAUAAAAAGGCUCUAACAAAGAGUCUGGCAGCCACAUGGUGAUACGUGGGAUCUCAGCAUCAGUGUUUGUGAAGAAUCCUAAUAACCAUCUUAAUUUAAAAAAAAAGUCCUUGAACUAUGGAAAUGGAUAGGCUUUCCUAGAAAGUGAGGUGAAUGCAGAGAAAUCUAGCCUUCUGCAUAAAUUGUGUGGGUGCACACAUACAGUAAGCAUGAUUUGUUGAAGAAUAUGGUUUCCGUAAGGUUUUACAGAUUAUGUGCAGUUCUGGUAACACCUAGAAAAGCUUGGAUGGUUCAGUAUGUUCUUUAAAAUAUGGUUAAAAAAAUAAUUUUGCUCUAUUGUACAAUCAUGACUGAGAGCUGACAUGUUCUAUAGCUCCUCAGAUUGGCUGCAGUGUGGCACAAUGAAUGAACAGAAAUCUGCUCAUUACCAAGAUGGGUACAUAGUUUAGUGUGCCAAACACACCUCAUUUAUUCCAGAGAAGGUACUCUCUAUAUUAGGCUUGACACCUUUCAUUGUGGAAUAUGCUAACAGGAUAAUCCUCUUAAAACUGCUUGCUAAGCAUUUAAUUAAAAUGUAGAUGUUCAAGUGACUGCCCUUGGUGACUAUGUAUAGAAAAACUUUUUAGUACUGAUCCCAGAAUCUUUUGACACACUUUCACACUGAUUUUUGGCUUUUUGGAUGAGAACUUCAUUCAGAAUUGUGUAAUGGGACAUUACACUGCCAAGGUUGAUUUACACAACAUGACAAGAAUGUAUUCACAUUGUCUGAUUUUUAAAAAGUUGCCUGAAUACUGUUGCUAUGGUUCUACAAUAACCUAGUGACCUUAAUGGAUUUUGUGAGCUAUGAUGAGUUAGCUUGGAAACAGUUUGCAUUUAUUUUCUCAUUUGGGUUCCUACAAACUAUUACUUUUUCCUUUUGGACUGUUUGCAGAGCAAGUUUGUUGGUGAUGUCUUUAGAAGUACCCUUGGUUUCUUGUUUCUUGUUUAAUGAUGCUUCCAGUUCUGAAUAUGAUGGGGUUGAAUUUCUUAAUUUUAUACUGGCAUUAUGGACAGUAGCUAUUGGAGUGUGUGUGUGUGUGUGAGUGACCUUAUAAAUAUUCUGAAAUGUUAGUUAAUGCAGGAUUAUCCAGCAUGUUAUCCUUCAGAUGAAUUGAUUCUUCCUUGUUCCCAGCAUUAGUCAUGUUCUUCUGAAUAAUGGAAGCUGUAGGCCAUGACAUUCAAAAUGCUUUUUAAAAAGGGGCUUUCUGAAAAAUUAUCUUUAUACGUUCAAGUGAAUGCAAACUUCUAAUUUGUGCUUCAAAAAGAUUGGGACCAAAUUGUUUAGACUGGAAACCUGAGUAUGGUUUGGCAUGAAGGUGGUCAUUUAUUAUAAAAAGAGGUGGUUUAGUUCAUGGUAUCCUUUGAUAAUAUGAAAUGAAGACAUCCUGAAAAGUAGUUUUGACUGGCCAAUGUUAGGAUGCUUUGGCUGUAAACUAACUUCCUGCAACAUUUGUGACUGUAGUGAAGCUUUGUCUUUAAGUGAAUCCUUUGGAAAGGGCAAGACAUAAUCUUAGAUGAAAAGGGCAGGAUCUCCAGAGUCAUGUGCAUAAUUCCACAUGUAUGAGAAAUCUUUGGUAUUUAUUCAAGCUGUAUGGUAAACUGCUUUUGAAACAAGAGCUAAAACCAGCUUGAAUUAUGACCUGCUGGUGGAGCAAUUGCUGUUCAAAAAAGUAAGCAAAACACGUGAUGUUGUAUAGGAAUUUAGUUUUUCUCUCAGGAGAUGGUAAGUAAAGGAAGUAAUUGGAGGAAAAUGCAGGAAAGUUUUAAGUCAAAGAUGUUGCCUGGAUUCCCCUUUGCUCCAGCCAGUAAAAUUCUGUAAAUUAAUUUUAUAUGAUACGAAAUGGCAAGAACUUACAAAUGGCAGAAUAUGUUUUUAAAAGCCUUUAAAAUUCAGCUUGUGGCCUAAUUCUAAAUUACUUAAUUGAGUAAACUGAUUUAGCCCUUUCUCUUUGUUCUGCUGCUAAAUAUAUGAGGUUGAAUGAAAAGUAAUGCCUCCACCUCCAUAACUUUAGUUUGAAGAGCGAUGUUUUAAUAAAUGAAACAGAAAAUAAUCCUUGAUUAUUUUGAUUCCUUCAAUUAUGAGAAGAAGUCACAUGGCACCAAGUCUGGACUGUGUGGUGGAUGGGGUAAAAUGCUGAGAUUCAACUUCACAAUUGCCUUUUGGGUGGUUCGUGAGGUAUGAAGCAUAGCAUUGUUACGUUGCAGCAAAUUUCCUUAUUGUGUUUACAAGCCCUGCUUAAUUAUUGUUUCAAGUUUUGAGUUUUGCAAUGUAGGGCUCAGUUAACAGCACCACCAGGUUCAAGGAAAUUUAUGUGAAUGACACCAUUUGCGUUCUCAAAAACAGUAACCAUGGGUUUUCUUGCUGAAGAUGAACCUUUGUAUCAGCCCUUUGAAGUAGGCUUGGUCAGGAAACAGAUACCACAAGAAAUACUAGUCCUCUGCUUUAUUGAUAGAGGUUAUAGUAACAGAAUCUUGAAAACCUGACAGCAUUUCCCCUUUGCUCCCUCUUACAUCAAAGAGAGUCAAGAUAGGACAAUUUUUAGUUUCUUUCUCAUCCUUUCUUGUUUUUCUAGGCUAAACUCUACUAACAGUCACCCCAUACCUUCUCCAAUAUAAUUUCUGUGCUCCUCUACACUUUGAGAUGGCAUUCCAUAGAUAGUGAUGUUUAGUUUCUGGGUGACAAUUAUGAGCCCAUGUUUCAUCGGCUGUCACAAUGCUGUGAAGAAAUUCCUCACCUUCAUUCUCAUAGUGUGACAACCAAAUUUCAAGUUCUUUCAUUUCUGCCAUCAGUAAGCAAGAAACCCAUCAUGGACAAACCUAAUGAUACUGGAGAAUAUCAAUAAUGUGACCUACUAUACAUGAUCCUGUGAAAUGCCAAGGUUGACAGCAAUUUCAGUUUGAUCUGCUGAUUGUUCUUAAUAGUUCAUCAACUUUUCUUAUAUGACACCCUUGCGGUCACAAAUUGUGCACUUCAUUCUUGUUUAUUUAUAUAUAUCAUAUUUAGUCCUUUGUUCAUACAAGUGAGCUCUUCCCAGUUCAUCUUCUUUACAUUUUUUUUGCCCAGUGACAAACAGUACUUGGGUCAACAUAGUCAUCACCAUAAAGGACUUGCAUUUGGCAGUGAAUUUCAGUUGUGGGGACUCCUUUGGCAGGCAAAAAUUCAAUCAAUGCGUUGCUUAAAGAGCACUGACCAGUUCCCAUUGCAAGCUUCCAUUUCAUGAACAAUAGCAACACAACUUUUUAUCACAGUAAUUUGCCACCAAUUGAAGUGGAAGAUACUAAACAAUAAAUUUCUACUAUGUAGGUAGUGCCAUCUGUUAGGAACUUACCAUUGAAUGCACUUCUUUUCAUUCAAUGCUUUAAUUUAAGUAGGAACCCAUCCUCUGUAACAUGCAUUGCAGCUGUGUUUAGGAAUAUGAAUAUAAUGUAUACAAAAGAGACACUCAAUUAAAAGAAUAGACAUUUUAAAGUUAUAGUGUAGAAGAGAGGUGCAUUAAAUUGCCUUGGGAGGCUUAAAUACCAAAUUUGUCUUUGCUGUUAUCCGAUAUGAUGAGCAUUGGAAGUCUCUCUCUCUCUCUGUGUAUAUAAAAAUCUAUUAUAGCUGUAUUAAUUCAUGAGGGCAAAAUCCCUAAUCCACAAAUUAGUAAGAGGACCAACACUUAUCUGGAAAUCUUUGUCAAACAAUAUUACAGAAGCAAAUAUAGAGAAGAAGUAAUGUUUGUAUAUCCCAGUAUAGUAAUUAUGUUUUCAUUCCAUGUGAUCAACAGUUCAACUAAAUUGUCGGUAUUAGAACUGCAUUAGGACUGUACCCCACCACAACUUUGUCAGGAGAAGCAACAUAACCUUUAUUUGUUUUCUAAAGCUCCUGAUGAGUAAACACAUUUAGAUACCACAUUCCAUCUUGGAUGGAAAUUGGAAAUUAUUUACCUAGGUUACGUAUCUCUGGCAAUAUCAAGUAAUGUUUAAAAAAAUAUGAUUAAUGUUCUGGAAGGAUGGCCAUAUACUUUUUAGCAAUGACUAGGGCUUAAUUGGCUCUUUCCCAUUUUAAGAAUGUGUGGUUUUAAACUAGGAAAAAGACAGUUGAGGUUUAAAAAACAGUACUCUUUAAUUUUUAUGAGACAGAACUUUGCAUUUUCAGUGUUAAUUACCCAUGCUUUUCAUGGAAAAAGUUGCUCAGUUUAUUUUAAUGGCUGUUGUCAGGUUUUAUUCUGUAGUUAAUUGUGAAGAUGUAAGGACCCAAGGCAGCAUCCAGAUCAUUACAGUUGUGGCUUACAGUAUUUAGCUAAGGCUUGUCUUUACAGCCAUGCUAAUAACCUGUAGAUGAAAACUAAGAAGUUGGAGUGAAACCUAUUCCUAUCCCUUCUCCUGACAGCUGCAAUUGAUUUUGGAAAAUACAGUUCACUUCUGUAGUAAUUUAAUUCAUAUGGCUUCUGAGCCACAGAAAUAAAUGGGUAGAAGGGAAUAAUGUUUUAAAAAUCAUAUUUCUAGUAAGCUAAUGUUUUGGAGUGGUUUUGCCUUAUUUACAAUAUUGAUUUGAUACUAGAAAGGGUGCAACUGAAAACAAAAUCCCUAUUUCUGGUUCCCCUUGAUUAGAAAGCUGCUUCCCUUGUUAAACUGCCUGGCCCUAUAUACAAGCUGUGAGUGGGCAGUUCUGCCAGCAAGUCAUUCAUUUUUCUUAAGCUUCAGUCCCUUCCAAGAAUCUUCUCCCUAGAUUGAGGGCCAUUUGCAUGUGCUGAGAACAACUCCAGAAUACUCAGCCAGCAUGGUCAACAUAUCAGAAAGAAACCAAGAUAGGGAAAGCUGAGGUAGCUACUUAAAUGAAUUCAGUGAUGUUUGAUUUGGGAUAAAAUAAGAUAAAAGUAUCUUAAGAAUGCAUUGUGUUCUAUCUCAUUUCUGUCAAGAAGUCUUCUAUUGUGGAGUAUAAGAACCCUAAGUAAAAGUACUGUAAACAGAGCCUGUUUAGAGGUAGAAUAACUCAGACUGUAAGAAAUCCUUUAAAUUUUAUUACGUAUUAUCUCUGUUCAUAUUUGGGACUGGAAUAUAUAUGGGUACUCCUGGACAUCUAUGCAUUGCUGUUAGAGCACUUUGGGAUGAAAAAGUGCAGAUCAUGUCAGGAAGUGAGCGUCUUGAUUUGGUCUCCUGUUUUAGUGACUCUGAUAAUUGCAUAUACUUACUCAACCUAGAAUAAAAGAUGCACUUAAAUUGUCUUCUGUGGAUAAUUGUCUUCUGCAUUAUUAUGGAUAGAACCUAUUUGUAUAUAUUGAAGUUUAUGAAAUUGAGAUAUAAUACGAUAAUGAGAUGGUAAACUGUAUAUUUAUUGUUCAUUGUAUUUUCCCAGUUUGGCUAGGGUGCCUUUGUAUGAAUAUCAUUUGUGUGUGAAUGGCAUUAACACUUCUCAGAGAUCCUUCAUACAAACACUAUUUUUAUAACCAUGAAUUGCUAAACACACUGUACUUUUUAUUUUUAGUUCUGUUAAACACCAGUUUUAAUGGAUUCCUCAGGCUUCUUUAUAGCCUCCGCUUUCCUGGUAGAAGUUGAAAAAUACACCCCAUUGCAUUGCCAUGACCAAAAUCUAAUCUUUUUAGCAUGCAAUGUAAGCCUUUUGGCAGGUCUAGAGAAUUUGUAUUAAGAAUGAUGUGGAUUUUGGUUGACGGGGACCAAGUUGAAACAGGCAGCAAAGAUGCAAUUCUCAGUUCCUGAGGCAGCCCAAGUGAUAUUAUGAAACGAGCACCAGUAGGUAGAGAGAGAAUUUCUUCCUUAAUUUAAAAUGCUUUCAAAUAUACACCACAGUUGCACUUGAUUUUUUUAGAGGAACCUUCUGAAAAACAGAGUAUUGGAUUGUUUCAAUACCCACUCCAAUGUGUGAUGAUCUAUCCCUAUUCUUUUAUUCAUUGGCAUUGUGUUCUAGACCAGUUUCACAAAUCAAGCUCUUGUGACCAAAAAUAUUCUCUAAAUUGGCUGUCUUACAUGAUGUGACAUUUCUGACCCAUGUAUUUCCAUCUCAGAAAUCAAAAGAGGAUUUAUUUUCCAACACUGACUUACUAUAUGCAUUAAAACCAGAAAGUUGCUAUUGUAGCCUUCCUUCUGAACUCCAGUUUCAGUUAGAAACAAUGACAGGAAGCUCAAAAUUACUUGUAAAAAUUCUGUUAGUUAAUAAGAUUUUCAGUUAGCCAGUACUUUGGUUAAAGACAAUGACUUCAGUUUUCUCAUUUCUUUCCAGUGUGAAACUAUAUUUAAAGUAUCAUCUAAAUUAUUGGAUGUUGUGAAAUAAACAUUCCUACUAAGAACAGAAAGGGUUAGGAAGGCUUGGUUAUAUAGCAUGAAACACUAUUAGAAUCAAGUCCCAUGGACUUAAAUGGUUUUUCCCCCAAACAACUAUUGCAAUCAUAUGCUUAGAGCUACCAUACCAGCAGUUUGUACAAAAAAAUAAUGUAAGGUUCUUUAACGCUGUGGAUUUAAGUUAAGGUAAAUAUAAUUAGAACUAAAGCUUGAACAUGGUUUCAGUUACAAACUUGGUACAAGCCCUGGUGCUGAUGAGAUGAAUCAGCUUUAAACCAAGGACUUCCAGUGUAACCUAUACUGUAUCAGAAUAGUUAGUUUUCAAAGUUUUAUUUAGCAGAAAAUCACAACAUCCCUUCACUAAGAAAAUCUGCUCUCAGGAUCAUGUGGCUAGCACAGUAUUUUCCAUCAGAAUCUUUUACUUUGCUGUCUAGAUCAGUGUUUCUCGACCUUGGCCACUUGACGAUGUGUGGACUUCAACUCCCAGAAUUCCCCAGCCAGCCAUGCUGGGAGUUGAAGUCCACACAUCGUCGAGAGGCCAAGGUCGAGAAACACUGGUCUAGAUUAACAUCACAUACUGAGCACUGCAGUACUGGGAACAUUUUCCAAUAUGGUCAACACAGGCUUGAUCAGAAACAUUAUUUGAAUGGCCUGGGAUGGACCUACAUUGCUCGACCAACAUGGUUUCAUACCUUCUAAUUACAAAUAGUUCAGAAGCUGCUAUCAGGCUGCUUCAAGAACACAUGAAUGAACUGGUGACUAUCAGUGCACCUGCGUAGUCUAAAUGUUGAUAAUUCGAUUGGCCAGUUCAGGAAUCUGGUAGUUGUAAUUUAGAUUUCAUCAGCAUAGUAAAUGUGGAUGGCAAGCAGUGCAGUCUGUAGUAAUCCAUUAGUCCAGUGUUUCUCCACCUCAGCAACUCUAAGCUGGCUGAGGAAUUCUGGGGGUUGAAGUCCGCUCAUCUUAAAAGUUGCUGAGGUGGAGAAACACUGCAUUAGUCACCCCAGAGCAGAGUUAACCAUAUUCCACAAGGCUCCUGUGGUUUCAGACAAUCUGUAUGGCCUUUUGCUUUAGUACCAAGAAAAAAACUUGAGUGCAGAAAAAGUUUCUCCCUGCACAAAAAUACUCUCCGACAUUCUAUAUAUGAGGAAUUCUAUUUGUUCUGUAAGAUAUAUAACCAUUCCAAAUGCUCAUGAAGACAAAUAGCAGUUGUAUGCCAUGCACUUUUAAUUUUCAACAUUACUCUACAUUUAUAAAAUUCAAGAUGAAGGACUGUAAUGAUUUUUACUCAAUGGAAGGCAAUCACCAAAUUGCUGCUUGGUCAGUUGUUUUUAAAUUUAUUCUUAUGUGGUGUAUUUUUAUCAGUUUUUGCUUUGUAUAUUGGCAUGAUUUAUUCUGUGUAAUGUACAAUUUAACAUGGCUAUCCUUCUGCCUUUUGAUCUCUACUAUUUUUAACUUUUUUUUUUUUUGGAUACACCAGGAUAUUGAACUCUAUAAAAUUCUCAUGGUACUUCUCUAUUUUCAUUGUGUGUUUUUUUUAAAAAAAAAUCUGUAUUUUUGUAUGUAGGAAAAAUCAUAAGCUUUCUGAGUACUAAUCUCAUAUGGAAUCAUUGUAAAGGAUUUAAUAAAUGGGUAGGAAUAAAAAUCUUCA